AUGACCCCAAGUGAACAGGAAAAGUAUGAAAACUGUCGUAUUGAGGUCGCUUACGACAAACCGUCUCCCUUUAUUGCCCCUUUAUUUAUUACUAUGAAGAUUGAAAGGGGAGUCGUGGACGGCGAGAUGAUUGUGACGAGCCCUUUACAGCUUGCCAUAUGGGUUAGGUACAAAACAUGUGCACUAUGUACCUACGCCCUUGAUGAAUCAAUAAAAUGCAAUCAUAACAUCCAGCCAUGCGUGCUAACUGUUCGUACUAUGCACAUUUAUAUGAACUGGUUGAAUGCUCAGAUAAGGUACGAUUUCGAAUGUGAUUGA